AUGAGUGCGAAUUCUGAUAUUAUUCGUGUUGUUCUAUAUUUUAACGGUAGGAAAGAAGAAGGUCGUUGUUGUGUCAUUUUUGUAGGGGAGAAAAGGCCAUCACCUAUUAAACGAAACUCAACGGUUGCUGAGCUGCAUCAGAAAAUACGUCAAAAAUUAUGUCUUCAAGACAACCAAAUGAUCACUCUUGUCACAGCAAGAUUAUGGCAAUGUGAACAAUACAUUAGCUUGCAAGUGGUCGAUGACGAAGACAUCGAUAUGGUAAUGGAAGAGUUCUUGAACCAGUGUAGAAAGGAUUUCUUAGAGUUGUAUGUGGAUACUACAACCGCGGAGGAAGUUGUCAUACCAAUGAGGUUAGUUAGGUUUACUUCUCCUUUUAAUGAAUCAUCAUCUGCUGUUCCUGCUGUUAACAUGUUUGAGGAAGAUGAACAUGACCCUACUUGGGUUAUGGAUGAGGAGUAUGACGAAGAUGAUGAGGAAAAUAUUGCAAUGGAGGAUCGUCUUCUUUUAGAGGAUGCGAGUGCAUCGGACAAUGACGAAGAAUGUGGCAGGUCUGGUACUGAACUUCAACCAUUGCAUGAUUUGGGGGAGUCUCGUAUCGUUGUACAUCAUGGCACAACAUCGAGUCAAGUACCAGAACAUCCUGAAGAGGCUCAGAUGGCAAUCAAGCGCUACCUCAUGAAGGAGCAUCAAGAAGCAAUUGUGGUUGAGAGCACUCCCACAAAAUUAAGCAUGAAAUGUUGUGCACACGUCCAAGGUUGCCCGUGGAGGGUCAGGGUAAUCAAACCAACGUACGGUGAAAAUUGGAAGGUAAAGAAAUGGGGUGGGAAGCACAAUUGCUUGAAUGACCAUCUUUCUCAAGAUCAUCGACAACUUGAUUUUGACGUUAUUGCAGCACUUGUAGUAGAGAUGAUAAAAAACGAAUCUUUAGUGGCCAUUUCGCUCGUUCAGGAGAGGAUAACUCAUUCAUAUGGAUUCAAAGUUUCAUAUCGAAAGGCAUGGUAUGCGAAGCAGAAAGCAAUGGCAAUGUUAUAUGGUGAUUGGGAGGAAUCCUAUGCAUUUUUACCCAACUGGUGUGAAUAUAUGCUUCCUUUUCACCAGGUUCCUUUUACAAUAUUCAAACAAAGAAUUGUUUUGUUGGGGGGCAGUUGGUUACCGUUUGUUCGUUGUUUCUGGACUUUCAGACAAUGUUGUGAGGCAUUUAAAUUUUGCAAACCAAUGAUACAAAUUGAUGGCACUCAUCUAUACGGAAAAUAUAAGGGAAAGUUAUUGAUUGCCACAGCUCAAGAUGGUAAAAAUGAAUGUGUGCCAUUUGCAUUUGCCGUUGUUGAGGGUGAGACAUUGGAGGCUUGGUAG